AGUUGGGGCUGGAUGAGAUAAAGAUAGAGGGCAGAGAGAGACGGAAAGAUUUGUACAGGGGAGCCAGAAACACACACACACUCACACUCACAGACACAGAGAAAUAGAGUCCCCUGGAGAGUCCCCAGAGACACCCAGAGUGACACUAAAGGGAAAAAAUAGUUGGAAAGAUAGAUCUAUACAGGGCACUAAUAGAAUUUUCUCUCUCUCUCUCUCUCUCUCUCUCUCUCUCUCUCUCUCGUUCCUCUCUCUCAUUCCUCUCUCUUUCUCUCUCUCUCACUCUCUGUCUCUCUCUCUACACAGACUCUACCUGUUCCUCCCCCCCAAAGCUCCUAUCUAACCUUCUGUACCCCUUCCAGGAGAUCAUGCUGCUAUUUCUUAACCUCUUACUAGAGCUGGCCCGGAUUCUGGCUGCAGAUGGGGGUUCACACUGGACGUACGAAGGCGCACAUGGUCAAGACCAUUGGCCAGCCACUUAUCCUGAAUGUGGGAGCAAUGCCCAGUCUCCUAUCGACAUACAAACUGAAAGAGUGACAUUUGAUUCAGAGCUGCCUGUCCUGAAGCCCCACGGUUAUGACCAGCCUGGCCCAGAGCCCCUCUCUCUGCACAACAAUGGACAUACAGUGCAACUGUCCCUGCCCCCCACUCUAAACCUGGAGGGGCUCCCCCGAAAUUACGUAGCAUCCCAGCUCCACCUGCACUGGGGCCGAAAAGGGCAGCCAUGGGGGUCAGAGCACCAGGUCAACAGUGAAGCCACAGCUGCAGAGCUCCAUAUUGUCCACUAUGAUGCUGAUUCUUUUAACAACCUGAAUGAAGCUGCUCAAAAGCCUCAGGGACUAGCUGUUCUGGGUAUCCUCAUUGAGGUAGGUGAGAACCAGAGCCCAGCUUAUGAACACAUCUUGAGUCACUUGGAAAAAAUCAGGUAUAAAGGUCAGACCACCUUGGUGUCAGCCUUUGAUGUGGGAGGGCUGCUUCCUCCAGAGCUGGGGGAAUACUACAGGUACAAUGGCUCACUCACUACUCCUCCUUGCUACCAGAGCGUCCUCUGGACUGUCUUCCACAGAAAGGCUCAGAUUUCUAUGGAGCAGUUGGAGAAGCUACAGGAGACUUUAUUCUCCACAGAGGAGAGUGGACCCUCAAAGUUACUGGUCCAGAACUACAGAGCCCCUCAACCCCUCAACCAUCGACUGGUUCUUGCCUCUUUCAUCCCAGAAGGAGCCUUUUAUUCCACAGGUGAAAUGGUGGGUCUAGGCCUAGCGAUCUUGUUUGGCUGUCUCUGCCUCUUGCUUGCUGGUUACUUCAUUGCCAGGAAAAUUCGGAGGAAGAGGCUAGGAGAACAGAAGAGUGUGGUCUUCACUUCAUCCCGAUGCGCUACCUCAGAGGAGUAGAAACCUUCCCACAAAUCCCUCACCUUCUAACAAGCUUGGAGAAUUCAGUGCUGGGACUCGGCAGACAAUAGCUGUAGCAGUGACCGCUGAAUGUCCCUGCCUCCUCCUGAUACCUCCUUGGGGAGCAAGACUGGACUCUAAGAAAAAUAGCUUGGAAAGCUCUUACCACCAAAGGAAAGAUGGGAAGUCAGAGAAUGUUUUUGUGAAUAGGACAAUGUUUUGUCCUAGAAGGAGAAUUGGUCGUAUUCAAGAAUUUCCUCUCCAAGGGAGCCAGUAUAGACAGUCCCUUGGAAAAAGGGUUGCUGUAAAAGGGGUUCGAUGAGCCACAUUCUGAAUGUUUUGGAAAUAAAACAUUUUUGACGAUAC